GCCGUUGCGCUACCACAGUACACCUCGAGGAAAGGAGCUGAAGAACACUGGGGAGUUAUGCAUAUACAGUAUGAACGAGAACUGACUGAUCCUCAUUACACGACUGGAUGGUUGUACUUCUUUGUGGCGAGUUUCUGUGCACAUGAAACUGUUCAUCAGGAGAACAAAUUGCAAUAUUCGCAGACUGGAUUAACAUGA